UUUCGGUUUCGUGCGUGGUUUUUUCGCCAAAUGGUCAAGGAUGCUCCUCGAUGGUCCGCGCCGAAGGAAAAAUGCACACGUCCGAGCGAUGCCAGGCAACUGUCCUGGGGCCGUCUGGAGCUGGCUUUGGGGGCACCGGAAGACCCGCGGGAGCCGGCGUGGAGAGCCCGGGGCUCGCCCGUGUUGGCGGUGCUUCGGCCAAAACUGCAAUGCGGAUGACGUUGGGCUCCUCCAGCUUCGCCUCCCGCAUGGCGCUGGGCAGCGCUCAAGCCCACUGCCACUGCUCGCCAUGAUUAUGCUGGCCCUAGCGUUGUAGCCGGGGGGGGGCUGCGUUGAUGAGUAGAAUUGGGCUCCCAGACACCGCUGAGGUCGACAGGGUACGCAGCAACAUUUCUCGCCUACACCCCGCAAUGCUCUCAGCAGUGCAGCCGAUCGAAUCACACCGCUACAACCCCGCCCGCCGCACUGAGCAACGACAACGCCUGCUUCCACUGGCCGCCUUGCUCACACAUACUGACUACAAUUCCGUAGGCGUGGAAGUCUGGAUCAAAUUUUCUCCAGCGCGUUUCCCCCAGAAAGGAGAGAGCCUGUAACCACGCUCCUCCCAGCUCGCACGCGUAAAUCCCAGCGCUGUAACUGGUGACGUCGGGCUCCAAGUGUACAUGCCGCAUCUCGCUGAACAGUGCCAGCGCCCUCUGCCACUGCUCGCCCUUCUCGCCAGCGCCGAUCCCAGCGUUGUAGCUAGAUGACGGUAAGCUCCAGCUUCGCCGCCCGCAUCUCUCUGAACAGCGUCACAGCCCUCUGCCGCUGCAGGCUUUUCUCGCAGGCGCUGGCCCCAGCGUUGUAACUAUGGCGUCGGGCUCCAGCUUCGCGUCCCGCAUCUCGAGGAGCAGCGCCAAAGCCCGCUGCCACUGCAGGCCCUUCUCGCACGCGCUGAUCCCAGCGUUGUAGCUGACGGUGUUGGGCUCCAGCUGCGCCUUCCGCAUCUCGCGGAGCAGAGCCAGCGCCCGCUGCCACUGCUCGCCCUUCUCGCAUGCACUGAUCCCAGCGCUAUAGCUGAUGACAUCAGGCUCCACCUUCACCUCCCACAUCUCGCUCAACAGCGCCAGCGCAGGCUGCCACUUCUCGCCUUUCUCGCACGCGCUAAUCCCAGCAUUGAAGCUGAUGACGUUGGGAUUCAGCUUCGCCUUCCGCAACUCGCACAGCAGCGUUAGAGCACGCUGCCACUGCUCGCCCUUCUCGCACGCGCUGAUCCCAGCAUUGCAGCUGAUGAUGCUGGGCUCCAGCUUCUCCUCCCGCAGCACGCAGAGCAGCGCCAGAGCACGCAGCCACUGUUCGCCUUUUUCGCACGCGCUGAUCCCAGCGUUGUAGCUAGAUAACGGUUGGCUGCAGCUUCGACUCACACAUCUCGCUGAGCAGCGAUAGAGCCCGCUGCCACUGCUCACCCUUCUCGCACGCGCUGAUCCCAGCGUUGUAGCUCUGACGGUGUUGGGCUCCAGCUGCGCCUUCCGCAUCUCGCGGAGCAGAGCCAGCGCCCGCUGCCACUGCUCGCCCUUCUCGCAUGCACUGAUCCCAGCGCUAUAGCUGAUGACAUCAGGCUCCACCUUCACCUCCCACAUCUCGCUCAACAGCGCCAGCGCAGGCUGCCACUUCUCGCCUUUCUCGCACGCGCUAAUCCCAGCAUUGAAGCUGAUGACGUUGGGAUUCAGCUUCGCCUUCCGCAACUCGCACAGCAGCGUUAGAGCACGCUGCCACUGCUCGCCCUUCUCGCACGCGCUGAUCCCAGCAUUGCAGCUGAUGAUGCUGGGCUCCAGCUUCUCCUCCCGCAGCACGCAGAGCAGCGCCAGAGCACGCAGCCACUGUUCGCCUUUUUCGCACGCGCUGAUCCCAGCGUUGUAGCUAGAUAACGGUUGGCUGCAGCUUCGACUCACACAUCUCGCUGAGCAGCGAUAGAGCCCGCUGCCACUGCUCACCCUU